CAAGGGAUGGUUCACGCGCGCGCGUUCUUUCCUUCUCUCUGUACAUCAUUAUCAAUUGUGCACAAAAACAACAUCACAUCACAUCAGCUUGAUAUCGCAUAGUGUGUUAUACGUUAUAUUGGUGUGCUCCCGAAGACUACUGUGUGUCACACAUCCACACGACCCUACCGGGGCACAGACAGAUAGGCGAACACCCGACCAGUUCGUGAAAGUUGGGUGGGAGUCAAAAUUUUCCUUUUCUCCGUGUGCUGGAAUUUCCUUCUAUCCAUCUUCUUGGAGGCCUCUGUGGAAUUUCCCGAAUCAAGGAAUACGGAAUCUAUCGCUUGUCCUCGACUUUUGUCCUAGCCUGCCAUCACAACUGGGUCCCAGAGUGGCAGACAGUGACCUUUGCGGAUCGAGUGAAAACUGCCAGUGAAAUUACAAUACACUUCCGUCCCUUCAGUUGAUUGGUUUUCAGUUCCGCGUAGGAUUUUCGCGUCUCGUUCGGUCUGUCGGUCGAUUAAUGUGUGUGGAAGUAUGUGGUGCGUUUCCUGAAGGUUAGACCAAACAAGUCAGCGGGAGACGAGUGUGGAGACUCCCCGGAGAGCCCUGUAAUCGCGUGAAACGGAACCUGUGUGUAUUGAGGAUGUAGUCAAGUGAAGAGGAAAAUUCUUCUUUCCAUCGAUAGCCCCGGAUGUAGGCAACUUUUCCGACCUUUUUUCCUCCGUCUCAUGCUUGCUUCUUGACAGCGGUGAAGAAAACUUAGUAAGGUGAUUGAAAAGUGAAAAAUUGAGAAUAGCAAAAAAAUAAAUACUCGGAAAUCAAGCAAACCAAAUUAUAUUAAAGGAGAAAAAAAUAUCCAGAAGAAAGAAAUCUCCGACGCAGAACGGAUCUCCGCGGGGUGGAAAAUCGUUGCGGAAGGUGGAGAAAGUUGUGUUUCCGAAUUUUCCCUCUGUGGUGCGGAGCGAACCGUUCAAUGUGCUAGUGUGUGCGUUUUUGUGAGUUUCUUCUCUGCGCGCCUUCGAGUGUUGUUGUUCGUUGGAAAACCGUGCCCUUCGAUAAAGCCGCCGCAAUUUUUGUAGCCAGACGACGACGCCGUAGAAGAAAUAACUCUGCCCGAAAUGCGAUAAAGAAGGUGAAGCUUGUUCAACCGUGUGCUGUUUGGUGAAAAAGUCAAUUUGAGAGGAGAUACGGUAGUAGCUGAUUUCGAAUUCACCACGACGAGAUAAAGGAUCGUUGGCAGCCUGAGUACCCUGCAGUAGCAGCCAGCGUCUGGAGAUAAGAGACCAGGCGAUCGUCCAAGCAGAAAACUAAGAGUUUCUGCUUCUGUUCUCACCCUUCACCAAGGGGGCCAGCGAAUCUUUGGCAGUUAAUGGCGGUUGCUCCCGAGCCUUCCGGUGUUGUCUGUGCCAGAGAGGUCGCCGGGUGAUAAAAACCGGAACAGCAAACGACAACAACAAUUACUCAACUGUGAAUUCCGAAAAAGCACUCUGCAGAGCGUGACAUAAAUUAAGGGAACACGCUCGACGAGAGGUUGCAACACAGGAUAUAAAGCAAAUAAAUAAUCAUCAUUAUUAUCAUAAAACAUAAAACGCCACGGUAGAUUCGGAAAGGGCGUUCCGAGGUUGCGAAAGGGUAAAUUGGUUGUCGCCCUGUAUGACCAAAUUGUGUAAAGUGAUGGUUGCAACAGCAAACAGCAUAAAACGGCAUCUCUCAUUAAGUCAUCAAAAACUAGUGAAUAAUUUAGUGUAAGAGCACUUUGGGAAUGGAGUGAUAAAAAUUAAAGAGCAUUUAAUGAAAAUUUAAACCAAGAGCCAAGCACAGACCCGUCUAUCCUGCCCGGGAAAGUUUCCACUUCAUCCGACUCGUUCUAGCUGCUCUCUAUCCCGAUCCUUCCUGACUCCGUCUGCCGGUUGGCUUCGAGCGCUCCCUGGCUUACGGGCACCCAUUCGUGCAUGUGCAAAAGUCAACACAGCAGAAAUUGGAGACAUCCUGUUCUCCCGCACUCUUGCUCCGAUUCCAUCCAAAACUAAUUCUCGUGUACAUGAGAUUAAAGUGUUUACUCUGGAACGUCGAAUAUAAACUCUAUCGUCAUCUUUCCUACUCGCUUCGGCUGCUCCAGAACUGUGAAAGCACGACUGUAGUGGCAGCAACUUCCUAUACUACAACGUCCUAUCCUCGUAACAAGCGAUUUUUAAGGCUAAACUUUCAUCCUCUCCGAUCGCCCGAUAAACCACCUAGCACCAGCGUGGGGAAUAAGUGCUCAUAAAAUAAUAGCAGUGACUACAUGCAAUCAGAGUUUUACCGAAGAACAAAGUGUCUCCCCGAAGCAGAAAGUGGGGGAAAAUUGAAGUGAAGUGAUUUGUGGUUCCCUGGAACGUUUCGCAGCAUCGCAUCUGAUGGAUUACACUUGUCGUCGUUAGGAACGCAGGUGAUGACGUCAUGAUACCAACGACCGAUCAGCGAAUUUGGAUUAUAUUUUGUUGGUACCUUGUCUUAACAUGUUUCUUCAUCAGUCAACACAUCCUGCCGGUAGCCACCGCAAACAGUGGCUCCGCAGAAGCAAGCCUCCGAUUGCUAGAUGACAGUGAGCUGGAUUUGCUGGACAUUGAGCACCAGCAUUCGCGAAACGAUAGAACCACCUCCUCGUCCUUAGCAUCCUUACCCGCAUCGCAACAACAGCCCCACGAGUCGUCCUUUACCGCCAGCCGGGGCAACGCUAGGAUAAACAAUAAUCAUAAGAUAAAUUUAGUGUCUUAUACAGCGAAUCUAGAUAAUAUUUUGAACAGUCUAGAAGACGAUGAAGAGGACGAUGACGAUGACGUCGAUGAACGGCGAUUCGGGAUGCAGGACCGUCGAAUCGUCACCGGUGCCAAACUGUACGAACGGAACCACGAGGCCAACGUGCAGCACGACGCGGCUGCUCAGCCGGUACGACACCGGUUGUUAGUUAAUCAAAUUGUCCAAAAGUACUACCCCAACCACCGUCGCCACAGGAGGUCGCUGCUGCUGCGAAGAUCGGCACGAAGCUCCAAUCUUGGCUCGGACUCUAGUGCACUCAAGCACCAAGAAGUAGCUAUUUCAUUCUCCUCCACCACACUGUCUCCCAGUUCUUCUUCUUCUUCUACAUCUUCACCACCGUCGUCGGUGUCACGGCAGGUGACACGGACUGAACCUGUUGUACAUGAUCCUUCCAACCAGAGUAGUAGUAAUUACGAAAACAGUGAAUACGACAAACCAGAAAAGAAUGGGAAGAUGGCUGUGAAAAAUAUUAUUAGGAGUAAUAAUAGUGAACAUAAUUUCGUAAGAAACUUGACGCUCGCUAAUGCUGAGCAUUCAUCAUCCGACAAGAGCCGAGCGGUGGGAAAGGCCACUAGCAAGAGAAAAAGCAAUGCAGCAGCUGCUCCGUUGUUACCCGACCCAAAAAGGCAAGAUGCUGUACAGGAAGUAGAGCACCAGAAGGAAGCCAAAUCGGCAACCGAGCUGGGUGGUGCUGGCGGGGAUCCCACCCACUCCAGCCCAAAGACUAAUACAUCAACCCAGAGAGCAGUUACAUCAACACAAACAUCGUCACCAACGUCAGUGGCAGCAGUGGAAGUGGCACCUCCGGAGUUGGAAUCCGUUGUCGAGCGAACAAUAACACCACGGGAACAUUUGCCGCAAAAUAGCUACAGUGCCAUUAAUGUCGACAGUUUCAAUUUGCUCGACGAUAGCGUUUAUGUCAGCAACAGUAGCAGUAGCAGCAGCAGCAUCAAAACGAUGACGGCAACCAACCACGGUGAUGGCUCUUACUCUACACCCACUACCAAGCCACACGAGAGCUUGAACAGUAAUAACAUAUUUGCUAGUGAAAACUUUGAUGAGCAAAUUAUUUUCCUCAACGGUGGUGAUUUGCUCGAAGCCAGCCCGGAGCAGUACGACAUGCGGCAGUUUGGUAAAGUGGAGCGGGAUGUCAAAAUGGGUGACUUGAGAAACAUGGAUCCAUUUCUGAAUGACGAACCCGUUGCACUUGCGCUGAGACCGAUUAUCCGGGGCCCAACGGAUGAACACACCGAGGACAAUGUGGUGGUAAUCUAUGCAGAACAACAUGAAACAGUGACGAUGGCCUGUGAGGUCGAUGCGGACAUUACCUCCAGCGUGUGGCUCAAGGAUGGUCAAAUGGUGCACAUAAUGGAUAAAAAGUCCCGAGCCGAUAAUGUGAGAUUUAUCAGAGAGUCACAUGGUGGCGUCACCAUCUCCAAUGUCAUGCUCGAGGACGAUGGAGUAUGGCAGUGCGAGGCGGAGAACGCUCGGGGAUUCUUCUUCAACGGGCGACCGAUUAAGUUGGUUGUGCUAGAUCCCCCGAAGGAACCGUACCUACUGAUCGACCAGCGACGGCUUGACGCAGGAAACAUGUUCAUUCCGGUGAAGGAAAACUCGGAGCUUACGUUGGCCUGCGUUAGCGAAGGUGGAAAUCCGAAGCCCUUGCUCAACUGGGAAGUGUUGCUCAGUCCCGGAAUCGACCGUCACGCUCAAAAAAUCUCCAACGAUGUGCUGGAGCUGCAGGAGAUUAAACGAGACAAGCAGGAUAAGGAGCCGUACAAAAUAAACGCAGGUGCUAUUUCGGAAGCAAAACUUCCGGCAGUCUUUCGCGUGCAUCACAACGCGCGCAUUCUCUGCGUAAUGGAACAUCCGACGCUCAAAAUGCGUCAAAACGCCUCGAUCCUGCUAGACGUUCAAUAUUCGCCCUCGUUUGCCAUCACCAGGACGCCCGGCUUUGGUUAUCCGCUGCGGGAAGGCAUCGAAGUGUCGCUCAAAUGCGACGUCGACUCGAAUCCACCGUCGACGCCAGUCUGGCAAAAAGACGACGGCGAAACCCCAGUGCCGCAGACCGGCGAUGGAUUUCUCAAUUUCAGCGCGAUUAGGCGGGAACACUCGGGCUGGUACAAGUGCACCUCGCGUCAUCUCAAUUUCCAGUACUCCAGCAUCGGAUACUAUCUGAGCGUUAGGUAUGACUCCGUCGAUGUCACAUCGGAACCCGUAGAGCAGGAUCUGCCACUGUCCUCAUCGUCGUCGUCCUCGUCGGCUACGUCUGCGGCCGCCGGGCUGCAGAACGGUGCUAAUAAUUUCAAAGGUGGCCAAAUGGAAGUGGAACUCGGUGGCUCCGUCACGCUUCAGUGUCCGCAGGGUUCCCUCGGCUGUUGGUCCCAUUUGGAUCCGAUAACGGCGCGGCUCAAGGGACUCGGCGUCGGUAUCUCCACGCCGACCGGGCAGUUUUCGCUGAAGGACGUCGUCUACCAGGACGCCGGCUCAUACAAGUGUGUUGGCCAGAGUUCAACCAAUCGCAAAAAGCUCGAAGUACUGCAAACGGUUUCGAUUGCUGUUAAAGGUGCACCGACAGUGAUUGCUCGGAACACGACGCCAGUGGCCUAUGCGGGUUCACCUUUGCACCUGUCCGUGGAAUUCUGUGCCAAUCCGGCGGCGUACGCGGCACGAUGGCUGCACGGCGAUCUGGUCUACACACCUGGCAAGAAGUACGGCGAUGACGUACUGGCCUAUGGAUUCAUCGAUCUGCCGACACCAUUCUGCAAGGAGGCACGUCUAACCUACGUGCACAUGCACGAGAAAGUUCCUCGUACGUUCUAUUUCAUCGUAUCAUCGCCAGGUGGCGUUGCAGAAGCGAUCUUCAGCGUGAACUUUACGCUCAAGCACAAGACCACCGGUUCGUCGCUGCUGUCCUCGUCGUCGUCCUCGUCCUCAUCCUCGGGCCCAUUCGGAUCGUCAUCCCUCGCGUCGGCAGCGUCGGCGUCCGCUUCCGGCGGCGGUCUCAGCAACGGUGGCUCCGGCUAUAAAAUCAACACCAACACCAUCAACAACCUGCCCGGCAACAGUCUCGAAGAGGACGAGGAGCUGAUGGAACCGGAAGAGAUUCAUUUUCCCAUCUUUGGCUCGGGCGCCAACUGCCCGCUAUCCGUCUGUAAGCAUCACUCUACUCUUUAUCGUUGUUACUCCGUACUCCUAGCAUUGUUGACGUGUUUUAGAUAUGUUUUAUUAAAGUAUUAAUUAAAGCGUAAUUACACGAACGCCCAGAAACCGGGAAAAGUGACGGAAACUGAGUGAACGAGAGAGUCCUUAGCGCGACUCCGGUGACAUGGAAAUUGUCCCGUUGAAACGAAUGCGAGUCAAGAGUGCUUGUCUAUGUCCGUGUAUGUGUGUGUGUGUGUGUGUGUGCGUGUGCGAAUGAACGGAGUUGAGUGUAUUCGUGGGUGACACCCACUUCAAAAGUCCUAAACUUAUCCUCUCUUGUACCCUCCAUCCAGGUGGGGGUGUUCGGUUUUAACACAUCCCUGACUUAGCUAUUAAAUUUCUCAUCUGUAAGCAGGAAAAGCUUUUGACAGGUGGAUUAUCAUUAUUCACUUCCCCACAAAUCAGCAGGAAAACACGAUCCACUAAGCCCGAACACCUCUAACCGUGUCGUUCCUCUAAUAUUAAAUACUCGCUCAAAAACCACACUCCAAAGCCAACCACACUUUGCUGUCACUCGAAUCCCGCCAAAUGAAGAAUUAAUAUCCACGCGAAGCAGCAAACCGUAAAGGCGUAAUUACAUCACCACACAAUAAAUUUCGCUUGCCACCCUUGAAAUUCCCCACCAUGGAAGACAUUCCAGACCUCCUCCACACCCACACAUCCUCGUUCCCGCAUCUAUUUAACUGCAUGUGGUAAAUCUUAUUUUAAUUAGUCGUCAGUCAGUCAGCGUGCAUUCAAAAGCUCUUCUGCUGGUUCUCGGAUGCAGUUGCUUCGCUGAUGUCGCCGUUGCCGUCGUCGUAAGAGCUACUUGGGUGCAAUUUGUUCGUUUGCUAAUCACAUUUCCCUACGCGAGGAUUGUUGGUUGGUAUUCAAAGCACUAUGCCACCGAUGGGGACUAUUCCAGACCCGCUCCGCUCCCUGCUCACGGUACUGGUAAUUGCUGGUAAUUUCGAAUCAAAUCCAAUCAUGUCUGCUGCCGUGUGGUUAUUAUGCAAUGAGAUCACCACCCCCCUCCCACCUCAAGUAAUUAUCGGUUGGCGCGGUGGAAAUGUUUCAGUUGUGUAGAUAUAAAUUUAUGACAACGGUGAACAUAGUUAUGGAGAGCAGCCAGUGAUUAGAUAACUCCCUUACAAUGAGUAAAACUAACGAAAUACAAAAACACUUUAAGUUCAAAGUUUAAACAUAUUUCCGUAGCGUAGUUGACACACUAGAGUUUGUCUCAGCCGAACACCGGAAGUUCAUAGCCAAUUGGAAAUUUUGGAAAUGUGACGUUAGGUUGAGAGUAGCAACUGAAACAUUGUAAUCCAACUGUCCGGAUAUUUUGUUUGACCCGGAUACGAACAUGUUGUCGAUACCGACUGUUGCGGGAAGGUAGAUAGAGGAUAAAUUUUCUCCAAAGUUUCAGUGAUGGUCGUCUGGCGACAGAAUUAUAUGAUCCGAUGCCGGCGAGCUAAGCGUAGGAAUUUUCAUUGAAUCACUUCAAUAGCUAUACCCAGACUCUAUUGUAUCGACACCACACAACUACAACGGAUUCCAACAUAGAUCAGACUAAUGCACUAUACAGAGGUAUUAAGCUGAAAGGAGUAUCACGGAAUUCGUCUGAAAAUUUAAAUUGCUUUGUUUCAAUUUAUGAUCGAAACGUUACAUCGGAAUAUUAAAUCAUACCUAGAUCCCUGACCAGAUGGAUGAUUGUUAAAGAUGAUCUUCAGUGUUCGAUUUCUGCCAUAUGAAAUGGUACUGCAUUUGGCCAAACAUAACUCCAAGAGAGUUAGUUUUCAGUAUAUCAGUAAUCAUGUCGAUUCAUGAUUUCUGUAAAAAUUCCAUUUUAGGAGCAGUAAUGCGACCUAAGCCAAAAUAAUGAAAAAUUCCGUUAGAAUUACAUUGGUUUGAAAUUUGAUUUCGAUUUCUACCAGCUGCAAUAUAAACAUAGGUAGCUCCAUUUACUUGCUGAACAUUGUUGGCACCGGGUAGAGAUGAAGAAUUUUAAAUGGAAUUUUGGCUGGAUGAUGGACUAUUUUUAUCAUCCGCAAGCAUUUCAAUUUGAUUGCUCAAUUGAAUUUCAUCAGAAAGGGGAUCAAGUGAUUGCCAUUUUCUUUUGUGCUAAGGUGCCAUGGAGGCAGAACCAAGUUUCUGUAAAUCGCAUUCCAAGCAGAUUACUAUAAGAAUCCGAACGAUCGAAGAGGAAUGUUCCAAGUCGAUGGCCAAGCAGGAUUCCCUCGGGUAGGCUCCAAACAAGGAUCGAUAAGGAAUAAGAGUCAAACAAGGUAAAAAUGUUAUAGAUAAUAUUGAGCACUGAAAAGUGCUGUUUAAAUUUGCUUCAGGUAGGAGUAACACUUCCUUCAACAAAAAGCAAAAAAAUCCGGACGGCAAGAGAGCACACUAUUCAGAUGCUUGAUUUUUAUGGAUAAAUAUCAACAAGCAAACAACAGCGCAUGCAAAUAAAAGCUGUGAUUUCUUUGCUCCAAAUAUCAAGCUUAUAAAGUUCGUCAGCUACAAUUAUCACCAAACUAUGGUGAGUUUGAGUUUCAUGAUUUUUGCUUUACUUUCGAAUAAUGGAUAAUUUUAAUCAUGAUCGUAGCAUUUAUGGCCACGUGGCCAUCUGAGAGUUCAAGGGGUUGAUUUGCCUACAGCUUUCGUUAGAUGUUGUUGAUUUCCGGGUUUCUUCUCCAAAACGCUGCGGACCGAAUUGUUCUAUCUUGAUGGCUCCCCGAUCAUUGUGCGGCCGAUUCUAGGUUGACAAGCCGUUGGAAAUUUACGAUUCGAGUCAGGAAUAUUCCCAAGUAACAUUACAAGUUUAAAUGAGGUUUUAAAGCAUGCUACAAGUCUUAAUCAUGGUCUACAGAGCCCUCAUAAAACCAAAAUUGUUAUUGGUAUUUGUUAUUGAGGUCAGCUCGGGUUCCGAGGGUUAUCGCUGCUAUCAAAAGGAAGAUUCGGGUGAAUCCAGUGCGUUCAAUAAGGAAAAUGGUAAAGGAACACGGGAUCAGUGAGUUCACGGCACGGAAGAUCGUAAAGGAAGAUUACGGGGCGAAGUCGAGGGCACGGAAAAAAAACUUACAUGAUUACCAACCGCAUCCGGGAGCUACGGGUCGAACGAUGCAAGAAAAUCUUGAACUUCCUAAAGCGAUAAAAUCCGGUAAUCCUAUUCACCGACGAAAGCAUGUUUACCGUCGAUCCCGUAUCAAAUUCCAGAACCGACCGGUAUAUUAGUUCUCUACCGGUAAAAUACGUGGCCGAUGAGCACAAAAACGUGUAUCUGACCAAGCAUCCUGCUAGCGUUAUGGUGUUUGGAUUGGUGGCUUCCAGAAGGCGACAAGGUCAACACGGAGGUCUAGAUUGGGCUUUUAACAAAGUAUGUUCUUCCGUGGAUCAAAGAACAGUACAGUCCGAAGCCAAAUGUUGUAUUGCAACAAGAUGGGGCUCCGUGCAACACCUCGAACCGCACUCAGAAGUGGUUGCAGGAACAUCUUCCGAUGAGCUGCCAUCCAGCCCCAAUCUUAAUCCACUGGAUUACUCAAUAUGGUGUGUAAUGAAGGCCAAGGCCUGUUCUAAACACCACCCGAGUACAGCAAGCCUCAGACAAACAUUGACCCGUACCUGGAGAGAAAUGGAUCCAAACUACAAUAUAAGAACCUGCCGUGUAUUCCAGAAGCGUGUGGAGGCCGUAAUUGCAGCAAGUGGAAACUCGAUCGAUGAUUAACAUAGUUUAAGACUCUGAGAAACAUCCCCCCUUUGAAUAAAUAAAAAAAAAACUCGAAAACGAAAUUUUUGAGAUUUUUUUUAGUUUUGACAUUGCUCAAUGGUGCAAACAUUAUCACGCAUACGGUAGAGUAACUUAUAAACUCUCAAAAGAGAUCGAUUAUAGUUCCAUUUUGUACCCAUUAAGAACUUGCAAAGAGGUUGAGCCUGAAUUGCGUUAUAUCUCGUUCACAUUACAGCUUAUUUCACGUAAUAUAGAUUGUCUUGCAAUGAACACUCAUACACAGGAUUUCCAGUGAAAACUAGAUGUAUGAGUGCUCAUUGCAAGACAGCUUUUCUCACGUGAUAUACGCUAUAGUGUGAACGGGGUAUUAAGGUGUUUACUAUAAUAUAUUUUGUGGAUGCAUUUUCCUGAUACAACGUUCUAUUCGUGAUCAUGAAAAAAAUCAAAUUUGCUUCUUUCUAUGAUUAUUAAAUUGCUAACAAAACCAAAGGCAAGUUUUCCUCUUUACAUUCUGCAAGGAUCAUUUUAGCAUUUUAUUGGCUUAGUUCCCAGCACCAAAUCUUUAACACUUAGAGUAAUUUGUAUGAGAAAAUGCAGCCCUACUUCCUCAUUUAGCUGACCGAUCGUUACCACAUGCUCCAUUAUUCACUCACAUUUAACAUCUAUCAUUUCCCUCAUACUCCUCUGUGGUUCAUUCAACCUUCGCCCCAACAAACAAACAACAAAGCGAGCCAUCGGAAAAAAGUAGUUAUCAAUAAGUAUAUACGCAAGCUGAAUACAGGAAUGGAAACAAAGCUAACCAAUAACAUCAGUCAGAAUUACAUAUUGCAAUUCGAGAUUAUUUUUUAGGGAAUGGUAAGUUGCGACAGCAACGCAAAAAAGCAAACAAACACUUACACACAAAGUUGAAAGGAACACAAAACCAAGCAAGGUAAGCUAUUGCAACAAUUAUGAAAAGUGUAAAAUAUAUACAAAAUUUAUUGAAGAAAAAGGAAGCAACAUGUGCUUGUUAUAUGAACCACAAGGUAAGAUCACAACUGAUAAACCAAAACUAUUUAAUAUUUAGCCUGUAAGUGAUAACCAAAACACUACACAUUAAAGGUGGCAUAAAGACAACUUUUGAAGGAAAAAAAAAAUAAACAAAGGAAAACUGUGAAUACUAAUUGUUGAUAGUUUAUUUUUCUCCUGUGUUAAAUAGUUAAGAUCAAAUUGAUGCAUAAGAAGAUAACAGAGGAAGUAAAACGCUACACUGGAUGGCGAAAGGAUUGUUUUAAAAUUGUUGUGUAAUUAAGCAAACGGAUAAACAAAAAAAAACAGAACUGCGGGAAUAUCCCAGCUGGAAAAAUUAGGGAACUAGGGCAGAGUGUAAGUAAUUGGACGUUCUUUCUGACUAUGCCAACUUCCUUUUCCUCGACGAAAAAACUCCAUCGUUUGAGUUCUGUGCUCUUUAUCCCCCUUUCGCCCAAUCAAUAUACUUUACCCACUCACUCACUCUCUUUUGAACGAGAAGAACAACAACUUGUAUCUUGUGCCAAAUUUCUCUGAAGAAGAUGAAGACAAACGAACAUCUUCUACUACUACUACACACACUUACUCACUCACUCAUACUUUCUACCACUUACAUUCACUGCACAACAAAGAAAACGGACUCGGUAGUUGCUCCACUCGGUUAUGGUAAGAAAAUUAUUUUGCAUAAUCCUCGCAUUCUCCCCCGGAUGAAUUGGGUGGAUCUCAUGAUGAGAGAGAAUGAGGAGGGGAGCGGGUGGAAUUUUGGCUUCCCUCGUUUAUAACACACAGUGGCACCUUACUGCUCUCGCAUCCAAUUUCAGAUAUGAUAAAUUAUUUCACUCCUUCUUCGAUGCGAUGGGGACGCCAACGGAUGGCUCCGAAGACGACGAUGACGACGACGACGGCGACGACGGUUGGUUUUGCUCCCAAGGUCCGGAUGGAGCCUUUCCGAUCGAUGAUGGUUGGUCGUAGCAACCAACCUAGGAACGAUAUCACAAAUUCUAUCACAUCUCUUUUGGUGGCGAUGCCGCUGCAGCUACAUACGGAUACGUUCACUGUGACGGGAAGGUAUUGGAAUGGCUUCGGGAACACAAUUGGAAUUUGAGAGUGGGUAAAUUUUGGGGGUAUGGUUUGGUGAAGCUAUCCAGGAUCGCAUUGCACUGGCUUGAAUGUUUUUGAACAACUAGAAAUUUCGAAAGUUUAAUGGGAAGUUUAUCUUACUGUUCGCUUGAUCUUGUGCUCAGCAAAUGAUUCUCCUGGGAAAUUUACUUCCGCAGUCGUUCUACUUCUUCCACUCUUUGUUUUGGCUAUAACUGAACCUGACCUCAGCUAAGAAAUCUUUUAGCGCUGCCACAGUUGUUAAUUGGGAACAUUCUAGACCAGUAGAUGUUUUGUAUUCGAUCAUUGAUUUUUGACGAAAACUGAUGAAUUUAACAACCAGAAAAGGUUCUUUUCCACACUAAGAUCGAACAUGCUGCGUUUGGCAUGUGGUCUAGAAGUGGGCGCCGAUUUAAAAAUGGUUAGCAGCGACUUUUGGGUAAUUUUGUUCACUGGCGGCGCACAGUGGGACAUGGCCAUUUGCGACGAAACUAUUGAGUGUAGCAUUUUGUUUGAGUGGUGAAUAUUUCUGCUUAAGGGGGAUAUACACUCAGAUAAGAUUUUUUUUUUUUAUGUUUUGUUAAAAUUGAUGAACAUGCAUGGAAACAUUGUAGAUAGAGUUAUUUUAAGAAACUUUGUCCAAUACGACAUUUUUCUAUCUCUCAUGUAGACGUAAUUUGUUUGUUUUAAUUUUCCAAUUUUUUUAAUGUUCUCACACGUUUUAAGUGCUUUGAAAAUGCACAUUUUUGCUCCAGGAAUCAAAUCGCAAUCUCUUUGUUUAAAGGAUUUACGUCCGUUUUUAUAAUUUCUAAGCAACAUUUUUCAACCCUCAAAUAAAGUACUCAAAUAUAAAGAUCAUUCUAGAAGACAUCAAAAUGGUACGCUCAAUAGUUUCGUACCGUUAUUUUUAAUGUUUUGGGAAAUUGUUUGACAACAGUUUGUAUCUGGCUCAUCAAUGGAUUGUUGGUGUUCGUUGUAAAUGAUGGAGGAUUUCGAAAUGUUAUCUUCUAAAACAAGUGACAAACCUUUUGUUUCAGCUGGUAUCGACUCUCAUGGGGUGGUAAUUUGAAUCUAUUUUUUCACGGCAGUCGUCUCAGAUAGCCUUUUCAGUGAAGACAGUGGUUGAGGGAAACUUUUGGGUUGGACAUUUUCUCGACUUCCCUGGGCAUAAAGUGUUAUUGUACUUGCCACAAAAUAUACAAAUGCAUGCAUUGUUGUUGGCAUCGAAAGCUCUCAAUCAAUAACUGUAGAAGUACAUCUAGAACACUAGCUUGAGAACAGGGAAAACGCUCGCUACAGAAGCGUAAAAAGCCUAGAAGAGGAAGACGAAUGCGUAUUACUCUCCAUUGAAUGUUUUCUAUCCUGUCAGAUCCGUUUUGGUAGAAAGGAUUCGCCUUCCCAUAUUUUGGCACCAACCGAACAACUGAACAAUACUAAAUUUUUAGACUGGAUAUGUCCUUAAGGCAAGUCCACACGUCUGAUCGAAGUGUUUAAGCACUUGAUAUUUCAUAUGCACAAUCACAUUUAUUUUAAGUGUAUUUCACCAUGGUUCAAUGUGUUCUACACGUUGAUUUCUUGUCUUUCAAACUUUGAAAUGUUGAUAAUCUUCUCUAUCGAUUUAAAUGUAUUGCACAUUGAAUCACACUACUGUUCAAAACUGGUGGGUUUGAAGUGUUUUGCAUUUCAAUGCGAUGUGAAAUACUUGUUCUGCAAGGAACAUUGAAAACAUGAGUUGUGACUUCAUACUUUUCAACCAGCCUCAUAUAUGAGACGACCGUUUGCUAGUGAGAUCGAAUGAAGACAACUGUAUCAGCACACCCAAAACGGUCCAAGAUCAAUUCCCAAAUCAGACCCAUUAAAAAAAAUCAUGUGUAUGCUCUGCCCUCUGGCAGCGUUGUUUAUAUAUGUGUCGAUUUAAUUUUUGAGUCGGUACAUUAGAAGUCGAUAAAGUAGAAUAUUGAA